CUGAAAUUUGGUCAAACCAUUGAUUUUGCGUUUCAGAUUUGGCGACAUGGUGAUCGUUCACCGACAACCACCUAUCCGAAAGAUCCAAAUCAGGAGAGUGCUUGGCCACUAGGAUGGGGUCAACUCACUCCGGUCAUUUUUUGCAUCUCAUCAAAGUUUUAG